AUGCGUGGCCUCAACCCCUCCGUGCUACUCGUUGCUGGCGGCGUCGCCGCUCAGAUCGAGAACAUGUACACGGCCACUGGAACUGCCGAGGUCGCUGCUGCAGCUGCCACUGCUAAGACACUGAGCCCUACCAGUCAUGUCAAGGGCAAGGCAUUCGACCGCAUUGCUAUCAUCUGGCUUGAGAACACCGACUAUGAGAUGGCCAUCAAUGACCCGAAUCUCGCCUGGCUUGCUAAGAAGGGAAUUACACUAUCCGGCUACCACGCCGUCACACACCCAUCGCAGCCAAAUUACGUUGCUUCUAUCGGUGGAGACUAUUUUGGAAUGCAGAACGAUGACUUUGAUCAGAUCGACAAGAAUAUAUCCACAGUUGUCGAUCUUCUCGAAGACAAAGGUAUCUCAUGGGCACACUACCAGGAGGAUAUGCCCUAUAGUGGUUUCCAAGGCCAGGCCUGGAUCAACCACGAGAACGGUAAGAAUGACUACGUCCGCAAGCACAACCCCGCGAUGAACUACAACUCCAAUGCCGGUAACCUUGACCGUCUGGCUGUCAACAAAAACCUCACUCAGUUCCACGUGGACCUUGAGAAUAAAAGGCUGCCUCAAUGGAUGUUUAUCACUCCCAAUAUGACUAGCGAUGGUCAUGACACAGACAUCACCACUGCUGGUACUUGGACCCGCACCUUCGUUGAGCCUCUUCUCAACGACAAGCGAUUUAUGCAGAACACUCUUGUCCUAAUCACUUUCGACGAGAACGAGACGUACACUGACCAGAACCGAAUCCUGGGUAUCCUGCUGGGAGAUGCCGUACCCAAGCACCUCGUGGGAACCACCGAUGACCAUUACUACAACCACUACAGUGAGAUUUCCACAGUCUCUGCCAACUGGGGUCUCCACACCCUGGGUCGCUUCGACGUUGGUGCCAACGUCUUCAAGUUCGUAGCCGACAAGACAGGUGACACUGUCCGCCCCUGGGAUGGCGAGAUCGAGCUUUCCAAUAUGUACUUCAACUGGUCGUAUGCUGGUGUCUUCAACACAAACGGUGGCAACGCGAGAUAUCCUGCUCCCAACCUAUCUUGCUCCGGCAAGUCGAAGCGAACCGUGCUCCCUAGCAUCAAGAAGGCCUGGAAGGGCAACCCGGCCCCCGUCUACUAUGACACAAAGGUCGCUAUCCCUGAUGGCCAACACCCUCCCGCAGGAUACGCCCCGGAGCCUUAA